CAUGGCUCUCUGGUUCCACUACCUCCUCCACUUACCUAUCCUUCUCUCCAAUCUCUUGCCAUCAACAGCUCAACAACAACAACAGAAGCUUUCUUCUUUCAACACCUCUUACUCGCCAUGGUCGCCGAGUCUGAACCGAAUACUCGUAUCGACGAAUUCAAUCUUCUCUGCCGGAUUCCGGCCAUUACCCACCAAUCAAAACCUCUACAUCUUUGCUAUUUGGUACCAAAACAGCUUUGAUCAAACCAUCGUAUGGUCACUUAACGGAAAUUCAACCGUGACCCGUUCUUCAUCUCUCGUCAUCUCCUCUUCUGGUACUCUCGAACUCAAAGACUCUACAGGGAAGAACUUAUGGCAACCCACAGCAGUUGAUAACUCCACUGGUGCCGGUCUAGUUCUUCAUGAAAAUGGAAAAUUGGUGUUUGGUAAUUGGAACAGCUUCAAAUAUCCUACUGAUACGAUUCUCCCCAACCAGAUCAUAAACGGCACAACUCUUGUGUCAAAGAAUGGGAAUUUCAUGUUUGUGAACUCUUCGAAAUUAGUUUUCAAUUCUUCCAAUUACUGGGGUGAACAUGUAUUUAACAUGUUAACCUCUGAUGGGAAUAUUACAAAGAUAGAUGAUGCGACUCCAUGGCGACCCGCCGAUCUGGGUUCGUCAUGGUUGCAUCGAUUAACUCUCGACGACGAUGGGAACCUCCGAGUUUAUAGCCUUGACCCUGUUUCAGGUUCAUGGAAGGUGGUUUGGCAAGCGAUACAAGAGCUCUGUUCAAUACAUGGAACUUGUGGAGAGAACUAUAUUUGUAUGACCAAAACUAGCUCAAAUUCUACUUACUGUGUCUGUCCGCCGGGAUUCCGAGUGCGAAACAACACCGCCGGCGAAGUCUGCGAUAGGGGAAUUCCAUUAAAGCAACGAGACAGCAAAUUUCUCAAGUUGGAUUUCGUUGAUUUUGGUGCGGAGAAGAAUAGGAAGGAAAUACAAGUUCCCAGUUUCACUAGUUGCAAGUCUGGUUGUAUUAACAACCGAAGUUGCCUUGCCUUUACAUUCAAAUUCGAUGGAACACUGACUUGUAUUCACCUUGAUCGUCUCAUCUAUGGCUACUGGUCACCAGGGAGCGAGACCUCCACGUAUCUUCGCGUAUCAGAUUACGAAACUACAGGUGAAGUUACAAAUUUCACAAGUAUGGCAACCAAGGUAAACACAAUCUGCCCUACUCUGAUAAGCCUUUCUUCCCCACCUAAGGAAACAAACACCACAACUAGGAACAUAUCCAUACUCUCCACCCUCUUUGCAAUUGAAUUCCUUAUUGGGUUCUUCUCUUUCUGGGCUUUCCUCAAGAAAUACAUCAAAUACAGAGACAUGGCUCAGAUGCUAGGCCUUGAGCUCUUACCCACUGGAAGCCCCAAACGGUUUAGCUACGCAGAGCUCAAAACAGCUACCAAUAACUUCUCCAAUGUCAUCGGACACGGUGGGUUUGGCGUGGUUUUCAAAGGCGAACUCCCCGAUCAUCGAAUUGUUGCCGUAAAACGCCUUAAAGAUGUCGCCGGCGGCGAGGCUGAGUUCUGGGCAGAGGUCACCAUCAUAGCUAGAAUGCACCACCUUAACUUAGUUCGAAUGUGGGGAUUUUGUGCAGAGAAAGGGCAGAGAAUGUUAGUCUAUGAAUAUAUACCAAAUGGUUCUCUUGCUCAUUUCCUCUUCUCUGCUAAUAGGGAUGAGCCAGAGCCAAGGCCAACGCUUGACUUGAGCGUAAGGUACAGAAUCGCCCAGGGUGUAGCUAGGGCCAUUGCCUACCUUCACGAGGAGUGUUUGGAAUGGGUUCUUCACUGUGACAUCAAACCAGAGAACAUUCUUCUAGAAGAUGAUUUUUGCCCUAAAGUCUCAGAUUUUGGGCUUUCGAAGCUAACGAAGAAGGAAGACAUGGUGUCCAUGUCACGCAUCAGAGGGACACGCGGGUAUUUGGCUCCUGAAUGGGUGAAGAUGGAACCCAUCACGGCGAAAGCUGAUGUUUAUAGCUUUGGAAUGGUUUUGUUGGAGAUUGUGAGCGGAAUGAGGAACUAUGAGUUCCGUCGAUCGUCGAUUGAUAGUGAAGAAUGGUACUUUCCGAGAUGGGCGUUUGAGAAAGUGUAUAGAGAGAUGAAUGUGGAGGAUUUAUUGGACGGUCGGAUGGUGAAGACUGCGAUGUGGUGUCUCCAAGAUAAGGCGGAGAUGAGACCUUCGAUGGGAAAGGUGACAAAGAUGCUUGAAGGGACGGUGGAGAUCAUGGAACCAGCAAAGCCCACCAUUUUCUACCUUGGAGAUGAUUAAUAGAAUAAGCG